AUGAAUCUCUCCGCACUACUCUACUUCUUUCAUGUUCUAUGGGCAGCGCCUAGCUUUGUCCGUUCCCGAGGAAUUGGUUCAUACAAUACUUCACCAUUUGAAGUACAUACCUUGCCGGGCGUUUCGGACCUUCCACCCAGCUGGGCUGGUCGCCUUCCAGUUCCGGGGACAGAGGAUGGAAAUGAGAUCUUCUUCUGGCUAUUUCAAUCAGAGCAACCGGCAUAUGAUGACAAUUUAAUCAUUUGGUUCAAUGGCGGCCCUGGCUGCUCAUCCUUGAUAGGGCUGACGACCGGCAACGGACCCAUUUCGUUCGAUGGCAAUUCAACUCAAUUCAUUCGCAAUCCGCACUCGUGGACAAGCCUGGGCAAUGUGCUUUAUGUUGAUCAGCCCGUUGGCACUGGCUACUCCACAACCAGCUUCCCGUACCCGGUUAAGGACAAUGGCCGGGUAACGAGGGACUUUACGCAGUGGCUGCGUGGCUUCUUCGAAUACUUCCCGCACCUACAGUCAAAGCAGAUCCAUUUGAUGGGCGAGUCAUAUGCAGGCAUCUACAUACCCUACUUUGCAUCGGAGAUUCUGGAGGGCAACAAUUCCUCUCCUCUCAACGUGCGUUCAAUGUCUCUCGGUGAUGGAUCCUGGGGAAAUGGAGCAGCCAUGGCAGCCGUUGCAAUGGGCAAAUAUCUAAGGUCACAGUUGGGCCUCCUCCAAAUCCCGGAAGACGUCCUAUCAGUCUUCGACGAAGCAGACGAAACCUGUGGCUUCAACGACGUGCUAGCAAAAUCCGCCAUAUACCCUCCCCUGGCUAAAAUCCAUAUCCCCGGAAACCCAGAGUACUUUAACCUCCGACGUCGAGACCUGACAAGUGCUGUCAACGGCGCAUGCAACAUCUUACCCACAACCCCGGAAGAAGUCCGCACCUCACUCUUCAACUCAACCUGCUACGGCCCCUGCGCCGUCUUCUCUACAGCAAGUGACUACCUAACAGCCAUCUCCACCAACCGCACAACCCGCGGCUGCUUCGACAUCUACGACAUCUCCCACGACUGCAGCGCCGUCUCAGAGCUCCCCCUAAUGGCAGAGUACUUCGGCCGCGCAGAUGUCCAAACCGCCCUCCAUGUCGAUAACAGCGGACCCUACAGCGCCUGCAACUCCACGAUCCUGGGCACGCUCCUUUCAGCGCCCUCUCCCGUGCCGCCGGAGUACUUCAUCCUCCCGUCUCUGGUUACCAACCACAAUAUCUCGCUCCAUAUCUACUCGGGCGAGUGGGAUAUGGUAAUCAACCACUUUGGCGCGGAACUGUCGCUGCAGAAUAUGACGUGGCGCGGUACGCAGGGCUUCGCGCAAAAACCGAAGAAGCCGUUCUUUGCUGAUAAUGCUGCGCCGUCGGCCACCAAGCAGCUCCUGUUCGAUCAUACACCGGUGGCUACUACGCUCUCGACUGCCACUCCAACUGCUGCUGCUGCGGGUACAUGGGCUAUGGAGCGCGGUGUGUCGUAUCAUCUAUUCCGUGGAGCUGGCCAUAGUGUCUUUGUGAAUAAGCCGCGCGAGAUGUUUUCCUUUGUGAGGGAUGUGGUUGUUGCUCCGAGGGCCGGUUGA